AUGAAAAAGAAGUUAUUGCCACAGUUGGACAAUAUCGGAAAAGUCAUGAGAACUCUUUCCGCCAUUCUCUUUGUCGCCGUCUCGUUGAGCAGUGCUCAAUUGAUGCCAAGUGCAAAGCACAACCAAUUCAUUGAACUGAACCUCAACAGAUACAACAACGAUGAUCAUAUCAUCCGAUCUGAUAUUUCGGUGCCAGAUGUGGUUGUCAACAGACAUCACAUUUCUUCGGAGGAUAUUGUUGAGAAGCUCAAGGAGCAUGUCAAAGAGGCUGCUGAACACUUCCUUACGUUGGAUGAUACUGAGAAGUUGCAUGCCUCUAUCGACCUUCCACAAGCUAUCCAUUCAUCUCAAUGGACAAAUAAUAAUGGAAAGAGAUCAGUCAAUGAAGACGUUGAUUAUGAAGCAACUGCCGAACUUUACAAACAAGCUCUCAGUUUCCUCGACAAAUAUGAUGUCGAGAUGCGUCUGAACUGA